AUGAAACCGUUUCGUUUAUAUAAGUGACCCGGUCUUCGGUUCAUCUCCCGCUCUCCGAUCCUCUUUAAUCUGCCGUUAAUCCGUGCCACUAUAGUCUCGUUCUUCACGCAUCCAUCACAAGUCACAAAAAUCACUUCCGAUUCUUUUCAGAGCCCGUGUGACUGCUCAAAGACAAGACGAGCCCGCAUACCUGAGAAGCGAAACUCUUCGCCUUCUGAAGGAACAAGAACGGGGCACAGCUGGAACGACUCUUUCGAAUCACCCGAAUCCGACUGGGCUUCCUGUCUGCUUCAUUUGCACGAGACCCAUUCUGUAAGAGAAUCCCUUUGAUGAGCGAGAGUUAUUGUUUGGUUGCAGAGGAGUGAUGGCUCGUGCCGCCGGAAAAGACCUUCACGGAGACUGUCUUUCGUGUGCCACUUGCGGAAACUCGCUCAGAAAUGUUGGGCAUCACUUCAUCGAAGGUUGGCUUUGAUACGAAGGACGAGUCUGCUAAAUCUACUAUUAUUUCAGAUAAGUUCUACUGUGACAUCCAUGGAACUCAAAGAAAGGCGGGAGGAAGACCUGGCAUGGAUCCUAACAUUUUCGUGUAAGUUUGAAUGAUAACAUGUUUAGGCUAUGUACUCAUUCCUUUUCAGCAAGUCCUCUCCGACUGCCGCUCAACCAGUCCUUCAUCAAGAUAGUCCUCGUGCCGCCUAUCAUCCGCAAGUCAACCAGACCCGCCCGCUUUCCGUUUCCCCUGCCCCGUCCGUCGGAACCAAACAGGUCACUACUCACUAUCACACUCCGAAGACUCAGGGAAUCUUGAGGUAACAUCUCCGUUCUCUAUGUUUCGUGCAAUCAGAGCUAUUCAGCCCUGCUCAAAGAGGAGUUCCGAACGCUGCCUUCGGUGCCGAUCUCCAGCGUACCGUCACUUACGGAGGAGGCGUCGGCCCGGGCGGAACACAUUACGACCCGAACCGUCUGUCCCCAGCUCCUUCGCAGUUCUCCCAGUCCUCCCGAAGUCAGCCAGUUCCUCCGCCAGUCCCGUCGAAUCCGCCGCCGUCGCACGGUAAGUCCUACAGCACCCCGGGGCUUCGCCUGGCUUUUCUCAUAUCUGUUUCGGCUUUCCGUUCGGGUCUUCGUCCUUUCACACGUCCUUUGUUCUUGUCCAUGUCCAAUGUCCGUUUCAGAAUCUCGUGUUCCCGAUUCUGUCCGAUCGGCGGUUUCCCCUAGAAGAUCCGGCAAGACUCCCAGACAAUGGCCUCCGCCGGCAGCUCCUGCUCUCACGAGAUACUGGCAAAUUGAUGCGGCGGAUACUUUGAAGAGGGAAAAACCGAACUACGGAGAGGAUUUGGCCGCGAUGAUCAGGGAAAUGAGCAAUGAGAAAGAACCUGUUGUCAUCAGGAAAGAGCCGAAGAAAAAUGUGAGGAAUGGGAGAAGAGCAUCGAAUAUCAGCAAGGAACAAGUGCAACAAGCAUUUGAAGAGCAUCGGAAAAGGAGAGAAGAAGAAGAAGAGAGUAGGGUGGAGCAGAAGAAGGAAUUGAAGGUAGAAGUGGCUGCAGUGGAGCCGGAACACGUGGAAAGGCCGGUGGAAAUGCUACCGCCGGAGAUCAGAAACGGCAUUCAUUGGACGGUUAUUCACAGUCCGAGAGGGUCGCCAAGUCCCGCAAAAGUGACUUCUGAAGCUGUCCACGAAAGUAACGAAGUCGUGAAGCCGAUUGCCAGCUAUGGAACCCCAGUUACCAUUUCGAGGACGGCGAUUCCGAAACCGUUCAAAUUUGAGCCUGACCAGACGGAAGAAAACAAGAAACCGCUGUAUUCUUCAGUUGGAAUCAAACAGCAACUUGCCUCGGUUUCAGUCUCAAUUGAACCAUUAAAGACUUCCGAAAGCCCGUCCCCUCAGCCAGUCCAGAGUUAUAUUGUCCGUAGCAGUGAUGCGAACAUCACAACUUCCACAAAUCUCCAGACGACAGUCACUCGUCAAUAUACCGAAAACGAGCAACCACACACUUUCCUGCCGACCCCGUGCCAUACCACUGACUCUAGCACCUCUCCGAUCCCUUCAAUUCGAUUGCUUAGGAAGCCAGAGCCAGUGAAAUCUUUACCCGUUCCUUUUGUGUCUAUAACGAACGUGGCAACUUCCCCAAUAAAAAUCCACGAGCCGAGUGGUCCGUCGCCUCCGGUUCGGAAAGAUCCGAAGCACUUCAAGAAAGUUGAUUUUUCGAAGAACAGUCCUGUUGUGAUUCCGGAAUGGAAAGAUUCGGCAGACAUUGUCGACGAAUCGGAUAUUCUGACGGAAGCUUCCAAGGAAGACGACAGUAUUUCCUUCCUGAAAGCAGCCACUUACGACGGUGAUGAGUCGGAGAUGAUAGAUAACAAGAGUGAUGUGACGAGUACGUUUGAUAUAGAGGAGGAAGAAGUGGAAAUAGUUCCGGCAAGGAAGAUUCGGGUAAUUGGGAAGGGAGAGGGAGAAGCUGAGAAACAGUGGAGACAAAGAGCCAUGGAGUUGCUGGACGACGAUGCGCAGACGGAGAGAGAUCUGAUGAUAGUGGCAGCUCUGAACGAACGACUUCAAGGUAGGUCCCACUGAAUCUUUUUGCAUCUCUUUCAUAAGCAAUGAAUGAUAGGCCUUCGCGAAAUGGAAGACGAUGACCGAAUACGUGCCAUUGAAUGCAUCGCCCGUCAUCAAAGCGAGCUCGAACAGACGCAGACACAGCUGAGCACCCUCCUCGAGUCCGCUAUUGUAUAUCUCCAAAAUCUUCGCCCCGAGCAGUCGGCUAUGGAAGCUAUACUUGAGACCCCCGAACCUACUCGCGCGGAGCAAAGAGUAAAAGAACUCCGGAAGCAAGUGCUUGAGGAGUUCCAGCACCUUCCGAUCCUCGGGGACGGCAGUGAUCCUCCAGUUCCUCCGGAGAGAAAGGUCUUCCCGUUCGCGUCCUAUCAACCGCCCGUUUCCGUUUCCCCAGUCACCGUCCCCGUCCCUAUCCCACCAAUUCAAACCCAUCCCAUUCCACCGCCAGUUGCCGCUGUCACAACUCAAAGGUAACCUUCAGUUCUCUUUCUCUCUCUCUCUCUCUCUUUCUCUGUUUUGUUUCACGUCCCUGUCCUUGUCUUCAGUUUGCAUGACGUUCUUGAUGAGUUCUACUCACUGCGGAAGCCGACACCCACCACCUUUGUUCGCAAAGUGACCGCCUCCUCAGACGCGGCCGCCGAAGACUCGAGAAACUUCCUGGCAUCGCGACUCGGACAAGUGAUGAUAGAUGAGAACAAACGGAGUGCCAGCACGCAACAGGGUGUGUUCUUUUUCAUUCAAAUAAUCCUCUAUGUGCUCCGCAUUCAUUUGCUUUUCCUAAUCAGGUUAAACAUUUGAGGUGUCAUCCAAUCAUAGGGUUCGAACUUUAAACACAGAAAAACGGCACACAGGUUCUUCGUACACGAAAACCAGCUUCGAGCGAACGACAACCGAGUCUCGACCACAUGAAAACCACGCAACGGCUCCGCGAGCAACAGCCCCGUCGGCCGGAGAUUUCCGGGGAACCGGGCAUCUGACAACGACGACGACAACCCAGCAGAACGGAGGAAGAGUGCCGUACUGCGAGGCUUGCAAGCAGCAGAUCCGGUGAGCUUCCCUUAGAACUCUUCGAGCAUCCUCCCCUCUUUGCAGUGGAGCAUUCGUCCUCGCCACCGGAAAGUCGUGGUGUCCGGAGCACUUCGUCUGCGCCAACUCUUCGUGCCGUCGUCGUCUUCUCGAGUGCGGAUUCGUCGAGGAGGACGGACAGAAGUUCUGCGAGUCUUGCUUCGAGCAGCACAUUGCUCCGCGCUGUGCCAAGUGCUCGAAACCAAUCAUUUCGGACUGUCUGAACGCGCUCCAGAAGAAGUGGCAUCCGACUUGUUUCACGUGUGCUCACUGCCAGAAGCCGUUCGGAAACAGCGCCUUCUACCUGGAGCAAGGGCUGCCGUACUGCGAGCAGGAUUGGAAUGCCCUCUUCACCACCAAAUGCGUCAGUUGCCGUUACCCGAUUGAGGCUGGGGACCGGUGGGUCGAGGCCCUCGGUAACGCUUUCCAUUCGAACUGUUUCACGUGCACUGUCAGUUGCUUUCCUUCUCAUUCAUCUGAAGUUUUCCCAUUUUUUCAGCGUUGCAAUCACAAUCUUGAGGGAGAGAGCUUCUUCGCUAAAAACGGUCAACCGUUCUGCAAACUUCACGCCUAG